AUGUGGGAGAAGCCCUCUCCCUUCCAGAUAUGUUGCAAGUUUAUCGAGACGUUGCCCGUCAGCUAUGAGAAUACUCUCACUGUACUUAACGGCCUCUCCGUUAAAUAUAAUAGUUUAUCUCAGCUUUAUCAGGCUGCCCUCGAGAUCGAGCAGAGUUCCCGGGCGAUACAACAACGCCGUCGCAUCCGCGACACCACCCCGGGAACCAACAAUCCCUCGUCGUCGAACGACCAUCGCACCACCCGUUUGAACAACACCCAGCCACGAAGACCCCCCACGGCGGAGCCCUCGCCUAGGACGAAUUCGUCCACCGUAAGGCGACAGGGUCCGUCUCGUACGGCUCCAGGUCGCACCGAUCGACCAAGACCCACUCCCGGGCAGGUAUCUUGUUCCGCCCCGAAGCCUGCAGCCACCAAGGCAGCAUCGCAGUGCUUCUCAUGCGGGCAAAUCGGGCAUUUCGCAUCAGACCCGGCUUGCCCCAACCAUGGCAAGAAGACCACUCCUGGUCAGCGCAUGUUCGCGCAACGGGUAGUGGACGACACCUCGGACAAUGAACAACCGGACGCACCCAUCGAGACACAGAUGGUCGAGUUCGACCUGGCCGACGACGCAGGCACUCCGGAGGACACCCAGGGACUGGAUCCAGAGGCCGAAACGGUCCAGGACCUCCCUCAGUCUGAAUUCGAAUUCGUAGGAUCGCAAUACGAAUCUGCGGACGAACAAGUCCAGUCGGAAUGGGAAGAUUUCGAACACGACAACACCGUGUAUAUGGCAAGCAUGCAAGUUGAGGCAAUCGCCUCAGAAGGAUCGGCAAAUGAGCCAAGGAUCCACAGCAUGGCUAUUGCCAAUGAACGCGGUCUGCGUCACGCAUGGAUCUAUGACGCAAAAGUCCGCAAGAUUGAGGACCCGGCGGCUCAACCCCAACGGGUACACGAGGCUCAACGCACGCUAUGUGCGGAGAUACCGAUCAACGGUAUUAAAGCAUUAGUGCUAUUCGACUCGGGCUGCACUACCGACUCCAUUACUCCGGAGUUUGCGUAUCUGUGCAAGGCGGGCAGGAUUGACCUGCAGGAGCCAGUAGGCCUCCAGCUGGGGACUAAGGGUAGUCGUACGAAGAUCAAUUUCGGGGCGCAAGCCGAAAUCGCACUGAGCUCAGUGCAUAAUACACAUUGA